AUGCUCAUUUCAUGUUUAAAAUAAAAUCAAAUUUGAUCCUCAUAUUUUCUUAUUCUUCAAUCAUGAUUUUCAAAAAAAAAAAAAAUUGUCCAAACUCUCAUUCAAAGUUCUCACCAUCUUAUAUUUUUCUACAAGAAAUUUAUACGUGCAUGUUUCAAACUUCGUAAAAAGAAAAAGAAAAGAGAAAAAGAGGUUCUUCCAAGAUAAAUUCAUGAAAAGUCCAUCUUUUAGACAUCAAAAUAAUUUGAGCACAUGAUUUUGGAGCAUCACAUCAUUCAUUUUCUCCAAGCAUUACACCAUUCACUUUUUCUUCAAGCUUCAUAGCAUUUGCUUUCUUUUCAAAGGAAUGAUAUUUCCUAUGAAUGCCAAUUUAAUGGAUUGCAAUAGUGAAUCAUCAACUGCUCCUUUAAAACUUGCUUGGCAUACUUAAUGAAGAAAAACCAUGUUUAGGAUACAACUUCACACACAUUAUCACUUUAGAGCAUAUUUAUGUUCCUGCAUACUUUAUUUCUUGUUUGGCAUCCAUGUUUAUUUCUUCUACUGUACUCCCAUAAUCUUGUUUGAUUCUCUACCUUCAACAAUUGAAAUAUGGAUUCAUACAUGGUCAAGCACGAUUGUUCAUUCGGCAAAACACCUUCAAAAUGUUCAUCCGUGGAGAAAGCUUUGAUCGACAGAGGAUUGAGGAGAUCUUUAACUGCAAGCGUUUUUCUCCUGUCAUUGACAAUUGCUAAGUCCAAGGGGAAAGCUUAAAAGGACAAGAACCAAGAGCAGCCUUGAAGAUCAAAAGCUCAAGCACAUCACAAUUUAUGUUACUCCAACACUCAAGGGAUUCUCCAAGGAAAGGAAUGCAACUUCUCAUUAAACAAUUGUACUUUGAAAGAUCUAGGAAUUAGAUUUUACUAGGAACUUGAAUGCUACCAUGUUGAUGUACUUAGUGUGAUGUACUAGGCUUCUACUUUGUAAUGAAUGACCAUCUUUGUAAUGCAUGUUGGACUGCUUGUAAGUGUCCUUGCUACAGCCAUUUGAGUUUGAUGGAAAUCUCAAAGCAUUUAAAGAUAUUUUGCUUCAUCUGAGGCUCCUUGAGGAUUGGAAAUCGACAAUAUGUGAAUCCAUGAACAAUUGUUGAAGCACUGAAUCAUGCAAAAUUAUGGGAUAACUUUUCAUAUUAUUUUGACUUUCUUUAUUUUUAUUUUAUUUUCUAUUUGUAGGUAGGCUUCAUAAACACCAAAAAAACAAAAAAAAUUUGGGCAUGACAACCACCCUAUGUUUUCUCUCUUUUUGGAGCAAUGCAUCAUCCAUCUAGAAGGCAACCUCAACAUGCUCUUAUAAGCUCAACGAAAUAUGAUGUUGAAGUGGACCUAUACACAAGGCAUAUGGAUCUAGAAUGAGGAGGCAAAUCUAGAACAUGGGGGAACCUGAAUAUUGUUGCUCCUAAGGAUGAAUCCCUAUUUGACAUGACCAGUACCUCUGCUUUGGGGGCACUUUGACCAAUUGAACAAUCAAGCUUUUCUCUGCUU